AGUGUUGUGGAUGUGUCCACAACUUUCUUCCCCGGAAUGAUAAGCCAUGAGCCUGCAGACAUCAUUCUCAUCUCAUCUGAUAACGUCCAAUUCCACGUUCAUCUACAUGUGCUUUAUGACGCAUCAGGUAAUGGCUUCGCAUCCUUGCUUAGCACCUUGAGCAGCACGCGCCAAGAACCCGGAAUCCCCAUUCUAACCAUCCCAGAAAAAUCGGACAUCUUAAACGUCCUUCUCCUGACGAUCUACAGUAAACCUAUCGCCGAUUAUCGUCCUAUGUUCAAUAUCCUGGUCGCAGCCGUGCAUAAGCUCAAGGAAUAUGGAAUCCAACCUGAGCGUUACGUGAAGCCUGGGCAGCCAUUAUUCGAGCUCAUUCGCUUCCAUAUGCCUCUUCAUCCUCUCGAUGUAUAUGUUCUUGCCGCCCACUAUGACCUCUUCGAGCUAGCGGUGGCAGCUUCGUCUCAUCUUCUCUCGGCCAGACUUGAUACCAUCACGGAUGAACAGUCCAUGCGUAUGGGAGCCGUUUACCUCAAACGCCUCUAUGGUCUUCAUAGUAGGCGAAUAGAUGCUCUCAAAAAUAUAUUGAUCCGGCCACCAGAGCCCCAUCCUUCUACCUCUACCUGCUGUCUCUCCGACCAGACUGGAGUUUCGAGGGCAUGGGCGCUGUCUGCUGCGUACCUCAUUUGGGACGCUCGACCUGACAUGUCCCUCAGAUACAUCGAGUCGACUAUGGGUGCGCUGAAACAGCACGUGUCCUGUGAAGAUUGCAAGGAGAGCAUUGAUGCCCAAGUCAGGCAAUGCGUUGCAGAUUGGUCCUCCGUAAAGCAGUGGUCUAUCUAACGGAAGAACUCUGGGUUAAUUUCGCACCGCUUACUUGGGACUUUAGGAUUUUUAGUGUCAUUGUACAAUGCUACCGUUAGGACUGAUGGUUUAUUGGUAUAUCGCAUGAUGAGCCUGAGUAAUGGACCAUGACGUUGACCCCUAAGACAGUAUAAACACGUUG